AUGGUCCUACUGAAAAUUUUGAAAAAAAUAAAAGAUAAACAAAGAAAUUUGAGAUUAAUAAUAUUAGGACUAGAUAAUGCAGGAAAAACAACAAUAGUUAAAAGAUUAUUAGGAGAAGAUAUUUAUAAAGUACACCCAACUUUUGGUUUUACAAUUGAAACAUUGCAUUUUAAUAAUUAUUUUAUUAAUAUAUGGGAUAUAGGAGGACAGAAAUGUAUCAGGCACUAUUGGAAAAAUUAUUAUGAGAAUGUUGAUGGAAUUAUUUAUGUCAUUGAUAGUACUGAUUUAUUUAGAUUACAGUUAUGCUCAUAUGAACUAAAACAAAUUUUAAAGGAGGAAAGACUAUAUGGAUGCUCCCUUCUUAUUUUAUCAAAUAAAAUUGAUGUCGAUAGCUCACUAAAUGUCAGCAAAAUUGCAGAGAUUUUGAAAUUACAAGAAAUGAAUAUUGAUAGACAUUGGUGUAUAAAUGAAUGCAGCGCAUUUUCAGGAAAAGGAUUAUUAAAAUCUUUUAUGUGGUUAAUUGAUGACAUAACAUGUAGAAUUCGUAAUAAUACUUAA